CCUCGCCGCAUGCUCCGGUGCGGGCUCUCACUCCAUUUUAAACUGCAUUCUCAGUCUCUUCCUCAGGGCCUGGGCCUGGCACGUCGGCCCCGCACAACCCCGCGCGGACGCGCCCCCCGGCACCCCGGAGGUCCGUUCCCGCCAUUCCGCCGUGGGCGCGGCUGCGUGGGGGCGCUUCUCCGAAAGCGGUCGGCUUGCGCUUGAGUGGGAUCUGAGUCGAAGCUCGACGCUCGAGCUUGGGCCGCGAGAUCUAGCUGCUCGUCUUCGUCCUCUUCAUGUCGCAUUGCAGAAAAUCGCUAUAUAAUAAGACGCAGCCGCGCCGGUAGUCACCCCACAAGCCACAACAUGUCCAUUCCAGACAGGGACAAGGUCGAGCCGCAGGACGUCGACGACCUCGAGCUCACGCUCUCGCGCGAGGAGCGCAAGAGAGCCGAGCGCCGCCUGAUGCGCAAAGUCGACUUCAUUAUCACGCCCCUUCUCGGCGUCACUUUCGGUCUCCAGUACUAUGACAAGGCGGCACUGGGAAGCGCCGCAGCCUUCGGGAUUCUCCAGGACCUGGACCUCGCCGUCACGAGAAACGGCAAGACUAACACCACACGCUACGCCACGGCCGUCGCAGCCUUCUACUACGGCUACAUCGCGGCCGUGCUUCCCAUGGCGCUCGUGUUCGCACGCUUCAACCUCCGUUACACUGCUGCCAUUGUCGUCGUGCUCUGGGGCGUUGUGGCCAUGCUCACCGUCGUAGUGCGAGACUACGUAGGCCUCACCGUCCAGCGCGUCUUCCUCGGUCUUCUCGAGAGUGGUGUUUCGCCAUGCUUCGUCGCCAUCACCGCCCUGUGGUACAAGCCGCGCGAGCAGGCUGUGCGCAUGGGCUAUUGGUACUCUUUCUGUGGAAUCUUUUCGAUGUUUUCCGGCGCCAUCAACUAUGGCCUCGGCAGCGCUGGCGGACCCAGCGCAUGGAAGAACAUCUACUACUUCUGCGGCGCCGUCACCAUCUUCUGGGGUCUCGUGCUGGCCGUCUGCCUCCCCUCGUCCCCGCUCGAGCCCGGCCGCCUCUUCAAGGCCGAGGAGGCUGCGCUCCUCCGCCGCCGCUUCGAGGAGAACCCGUUCGCGCGCGACCGCCGCCCCUUCGUCGCCGCGCAGGCGAAGGAGGCCCUCCUCGACUACAAGACGUACAUUUACGUCCUGAUCGCCGCGCUUCUCUACCUGUGUAACGGCGCCGUCACAGGCUUCGGCGCCAUCAUCAUCAAGUCGAUGGGAUACUCGGGCGUCAACAGUGUCGCCCUCACCAUCCCAGGUGGCGCAGUUACCGCUGUGACGAUUUGGCUUUUCUGCUGGCUCGCGGACAAGUACGGCAACCGCACACUGUGGUUCAGCGCCUCGUGUGUGCCCGUCAUUGUGGGCGCAAUCACGAUUUGGGCCGCGCCUUGGCACCCCACUGCCGGCCCGCUUAUCGGUUACUACCUUGUGGCGGCCUUCGGCGCGCCCUAUGUCCUACUCUUGGCGCUUGCGAGUGCCAACACUGCCGGCUCCACCAAGAAGGCCGUGACCAACGGCGCUAUCUUUGUCGGCUACAACAUCGGUAACAUUGCAGCGGCGUACACUGUCCGCACGGAAGAGGCUGCGAUCCGCUACCGCUCCACGUGGAUCACCAUCAUUGCAUCGCAGGUCGCGUCGUGCGCGCUCAUGCUUCUCCUGCGCGUGGUCUGGCAGCGCGAGAACCAUCGCCGCGCGGGCGCCAUCACCCCGCCCUCGGACGACGAGGACAAGAUCAUCCAGCGCCUCGAGGAGUACGAGGACCUCACGGACCGCCAGAUCCCGUCGUUCCGCUACACCUUGUAACCUGUGAAAACCAGUCGCAUCAUAUAAUUAGACAUGGAAUGCAUCCUCUGCUCCACUUUGGG